AUGUCUUUGCAGGAGAAACAAGACAUUGUUCAAGCCUUAGGAUUUUCGCAUCGAGGUCAUUUCUACAACUGCAUAAAUGGCCACACGUUCGUUAUCACAGAGUGCGGAGGAGCGAUGGAGGCUAGUCAAUGUCCUGAAUGUAGAGCGCCGAUAGGCGGCGGAAACCAUAGGCUCGACAGCUCCAAUACCCGCGCUCGAGAAUAUGAGGACAUCUCACGACAGCAAGGGGGAAAAGAAAGCCCAUGGGUGUGGGCAGCCGACGCUUAA